CUGGCCUGCUUGUUUGGGAACCAUCACUACUGGUCCAUGAGGGAGUUUGAGAAGCUGCAUUGAUACGACCACUUCUUCGCCAUUUCCACCAACCGCCCUUGGCGCCGACUGCUGUACAUUAGAGAGAAGGUCUACCACAAGUUGGUGCUCGAGUUCUACACGACCUUCAAGCACGAAGAUACAGAGGACUAGACGGACGGUGAAGCUGUCAAGUUCAGGCUCGGCGGUGUGCCCCGCCCCAUGAGCUACCACGACUUGGCAUUCGCUCUCGACCUCGGCUUGGACGAUGAUAAGGACUACGUCACCGUGCUCAACGAUCCAGUGGGUGUUAACUUCAAGACGCUGUACACCCGCCUAGCUCAGCCUGGCCAGCGUCCCUUCGUUGCGGGGCAGACGAAGGCCAGCACCCUGCAGCUCGAUAACCGCAUUCUCCACCACAUGCUGGCGAAUUCCUACACUCCAGCUGGGGACAGUGCCAACACCCUCAAGGCGAACCAUCCCCUCCACCUAGGUUCUGUGGUGGCCAGGACUCUGGACAAGAGUGCUACAACACUGGGGACAGUCCACUGCACUCCCCUCAUCACCCGACUGGCCACCUACUUCCAGAUAUCACUGUAGGGUUGCACAGAGCAGGGGGGCACUAGUGUCUUUGGCGAAGACACGAUCAAGAGUAUGCACCUGCUGCGAGUCGAGCGCGGCAUCAAGUGGAUCGCGGGGUUUCCUGAACAUUAGAUUCCCGCGGAGGACCAGCCCGAUGCUCCUGAGGAUGAGGCUGCUGAGGAUGUCCACCCCGAGGAUGUGGAUGAUGCUGCUGCCCCCCGCACGACCACCUUCGAGUACGGGGGUAGCAGUUCCACUUUCCUAGCCCAAGACUACUUCACUCACUAGUUCCACCAGCUGUGUGACACGCCAAAACGCAACACCAAACUGCGACCAAGUGUAAUCGUAGUCCGGGAAUGCAGUAAAAUGGCAAGUUCUAU